AUGCCAGAAAAGGAAUUAAACUACAUCACUUCGCGUGAAAUUGCUGGUUCUGAUGAUAAAGAAGGUGGAGUCUACAUUGAUGCAUUUGACGCUCAAGAUUCUCAACCACCUUUGAAGGGAUGGGCCAAAUUCAAAGAUGGUUUCAAAAGAGCUGAUACUGAUGCCAUGGGUAUUGACCCAAACUUGUCGGAAGCAGAAAAGAUUGCCAUCUUGACGGCAAAUUCCCCCUUGAGUAAAUCAUUGAAAAACAGACACUUGCAGAUGAUUGCUAUUGGUGGUAGUAUAGGUACUGGUUUGUUUGUUGGUUCAGGAAGUUCAUUACAUACUGGUGGCCCUGCUGGGUUAAUCAUUGCUUAUAUUCUCAUUGGUACUAUGAUUUAUUGUACCGUGCAAUCAUUGGGUGAAUUAGCAGUGACUUUCCCUGUUGCUGGUGCUUUUGUGACUUAUAAUACGAGAUUCAUUGAUCCUUCUUGGGGUUUUGCCAUGGCCUGGAAUUACGCUAUGCAAUGGUUAGUGGUGUUACCAUUGGAAUUGGUGGCUGCCGCAGUGACGAUUAAGUUCUGGGAUACAACAACAAAUUCAGCGGCGUUUGUUGUGAUUUUCUAUGUGCUCAUUAUUGCCAUCAACUUUUUCGGGGUUCGUGGAUAUGGUGAAGCUGAAUUUAUCUUUAGUGCCAUUAAAGUUACUGCUGUUAUUGGGUUUAUCAUUUUGGGUAUUGUUUUGGCUGCUGGUGGAUCACCAAAUGGCCGUGGUUACAUCGGUGGUAAGUACUGGCAACAUCCUGGUGCUUUUGCCAAUGGAGUUAAAGGUGUCAUUACUGUUUUCGUUGGUGCUGCUUUUGCUUUCGCUGGUACUGAAUUGGUUGGUUUGGCUUCAGCUGAAUCUAGCAACCCAAGGAAAUCAUUACCAAAGGCUUGUAAGCAGGUGUUUUGGAGAAUCACCUUAUUUUAUGUCAUUUGUUUGACUUUGGUUGGUAUCUUGGUUCCAUACGACAACACUGAUUUGUUUGAUGCUGAAAACACUGCUUCGGCUUCCCCCUUUGUUAUUGCCAUCAAGUUGGGUGGUAUCAGUGGAUUACCUUCAGUUAUGAAUGUUGUUAUUAUGAUUGCUGUGUUAUCUGUUGGUAACUCCUCAGUUUUUGGUUCAUCAAGAACAUUGGCUGCUUUAGCUGCUUCUAACCAAGCACCAAAGAUCUUUGGAUACAUUGACAGACAAGGUAGGCCAUUGGUUGGUAUCAUUGUUCAAUUGGUCAUUGGUGCGUUGUGUUUCCUUGCUGCUUCACCAAAACAAAAUCUUGUUUUCAACUGGUUAUUGGCAUUAUCAGGAUUAUCAUCCAUUUUUACCUGGGGAUCAAUCAACUUGUGUCUUAUUAGAUUUAGGGCCGCUUUAAGAUCCCAAGGUAGAGAUACCGGUGAACUUCCAUUCACUUCCCAAGCUGGAUUAUUUGGUGCAUAUUGGGGUAUGCUUUUGAACUUGGUGGUCUUGUGUUUGCAAUUUUGGAUUGCUGUUUGGCCAUUACAUACCAAACCCAAUGCUGAAGAUUUCUUUAUGAACUUUUUGACUGUUCCUGUUGUUCUUGUAUUUUAUUGUGGUCACAAACUUUACACCAAGAAUUGGAAAUUGUAUUACAAAGCAAAUGAAAUCGAUAUUGAUACUGGUAGAACUGAUUUGGAUUUGGAUUUACUUAGACAAGAAAUUGCUGAAGAAAAGGCCAUUAUGAGAGCUAAGCCAUUCUACAAGAGGAUUUACCAUGUCUUUUGUUAG